CGCCGGGGGGAGGUUGCCGGGGAUGGCGAUAGAGUGACUUAAUAGGCGUUGAGAUCUCAUGGUGUGUGGUUUGAACUAAAGUCCCGGUGGCGUGUGUUGUAGACGUGAAUGGAUAGCAGUUGUGAGGUGAUUUGGUAACAAAGACGGAGGGAAACGGCGGGUUUAAGAGGCCGUUCUUCUUUAUGGUCCCUCGUCUCCGUCAACGAUGUUGCCGAUUCCAAGUUAUGGUAGUUGCAAAUGGUGAGAAUGGCGAAUAUUAAUAUGAGUGAGGUGGCGAGGCUGACAAUGACGGCUGCAAUGAUAUGGCAAGGUGAAGCCUGCCCUCGUGGACAUGGUGAUGAUUAUCAGCAACCACAACGCACAACACCAAGCAAUUGCUUUAAUCUUGCUGCCAGUGAGAAGGGUCUGCCGGCCUUUGGCGAGGCACGGUACAGGGCUGAUGCAAGGCAGAGACCCGGGAGUGAGCAGACCGCGGGGGCCGAAGAUGACGGAACCCCAGGCUGGCGCGCCGUUUUGGGACACGGGCAGUACGGGCAGUGGGGGAAUUGCUUUCGGCCUCAGUGCGAUCCGACGAUGCACGACUCUGCGGUCAUCAACGGGAGCACGGAGAGGAGAGGAUCCGGGAUUGUGGCUCAGGUCAACGCCUGGCAGCGGGACGGGCGACUGGGCGACUGGGGAGAGGGGAAGGCACGCAAUGGCUAUUGCAGCACAGGCGCCGUCAAUCGCGUUCCCGUGGUGGUGGUGAGAAAUGGAUGGAGCGAGGACGAGGGCGAUGAGACAGUGAGGCGACCGCCGAUUGGGGGAACUGUGGCGGGCGGAUCUGCCGAAGAACGUGGAGCGUGGCUGAAGAGCACCCAGCACGCUCCAGUAGAGAUAAAAAUACCCGUCUGCCGCUGCCGCUGCCGCUGGCACUACUGUACCGCUACGUACCGGGACGGAUCGGGCGGUAGCUUACUUAACUUUUGGCGCGUGGCUGAGGAGACUGGAGGCAUGUGAGAAAGGGGCGGUGCAACAACCAUCAUUAAUAUACAACGUUGUAUUUUUCUGCUUCUCGAGCGGAGGAGAGGGAGAGGGCCAUAUGACCUCCGGAUAGGACGGACUUGAGAGGGAUCCCGUGCCGCUUGGUCCUGCCAUUUUCCACCACGGGCCUUUCCCUCCCGCGACCAAGCCAUUAUAGUAAGGCGAAC